GAAACACUGUUAAUAGGUAGGUUGCGAGUUUUCUGAGAUCACCCGACAGACACGCUCUAGUUCUGACCAUUCAAAUUCCCAUUCAAACUGUUUUUCGACAAUGAAAUCUGACAUCAUUUGGCUAACGUUGGUGAUGGGGGUCAUCCUCAUCGCUCGAAUGGAUUUGGUUGCCACAGGUGCCGUCUGCUCAGACGAUUAUUGGCCUUGCACUUGUAAAGUAGUUAACACGUCAGCUGGUGUCAAUCGCCUACAGAUACAUUGCGAUCAAAUCAGAUACGUUGGAAUCGUCAAAGCAGUGUUUGAACGCACCCCUUCAGCUGACGUGCAUUCCUUUUACAUGACCAUACCUGAAACAUCCGGUUCAAUACCAGAAUAUUUUUUUAAACGGUCCAUUGUUCGAAACAUGCACCUGUCUUGUCAAACAGAUAGAACAUAUCUUUCCCUUGAUAUGUACUCUCUAACGAGUGUAAGAAAUUUUCUCGAAAGUUUUCAUAUUGACAAUUGCGAUUUGAGCUAUAUCAAUUGGGAAACGUUUGACAAUUUUCAUUUUCUGAAGAGUCUAACUAUUUCAAGAACAAUUAACAAAGGAAUUUUGCCCGGCCAUUUCAACUUCCCAUUCCAUUUCAACAUUUUCCCCGGUUUGAUAAAUUUAAACGUUACUCAUUUAUAUAAUUUCGAGAACUUCUUCUCUGAUGCAAAAUAUCCCAGUUUAGUUAAUUUAGUAAUGAAUUACUGUCCAAGUGUCUACUCCAGCGUGGAAUAUUUAAAAACUUCGUUAGAUUUUCUUAGAAAUAAUGGUUUUGAAAUUGUCGAAAUGAAUGGCAACCAAUUUAGUGACGUAGAUGCUGAAAAAUUGUUGAAUCAGUUCUCCUACGGCUCUAAAGAGACUUUGCGGUCAUUUUCGUUGAGGGAAAACCGUCUGACGCGAUUGCCAAAUAUCGGCAACUUUCCCGCACUUGCCCAUUUGAGACUGGACAAUAACAAUUUUACAAACGAGAACUUUUCCCUUGCGCAAUUGAACGGAAGCAGACUUCAAACGCUAACCCUGUCCUCUUGCAAUUUGAAGAACAUCAAACCCCACGCACUUGAAGUCGAUAGCGAUCAUUUCCAACUCAAAUUACUUGAUCUUGAUAACAAUAACUUAACCAAGUUCAAAUAUUCCGUCUUCAAAAGUAUUUUGCGGAAAAUGGCCGACCAUUGGGAGGAUCCCGGAGUUAUUCACGUCCAUCGCAACGCGUUCGAUUGCGACUGUCACUUGGCCUGGCUGAUAGUGGAUAACCGACACUUGCUGAGGCACGUCAGGGGAGCGAGAUGCUCCGACGGACUUGCCUUCACCAAACUUUGGCCGAGCCAAUUCGCCGCUUGUAACGGAACUUCCGGACAAUUGAAGCCCCGCUCUAAACAUCCUUAAUCAUUUGAUUAUAAUGACCCACCACCAGUUAUCAUAUUAAACCAAGCAAUAUUAGUAUACCACGUGUCUCUGUGUCCUUAUUCUAAUCAAACUGCACGUAUACCCAAUAACAUCCUGGAUGGAUAAUCGUGUGCAAAUACAAAAUAAAGGUGUAUUUUUUAUACUGCACGAACCGCAGUCGACACGACAUUUCCUUUUUGUGACUUAUUUUCUCGAGACUUUUCCCCGUGGAUUAUAUUGUUUGCCCAUCCGUGCACACCCAUCGUUUACCGUCGUGCACGUCAGAGAUAAAUUCUAAAGGGCAGAGAUAUUGAUGCCCAAUAGGUUGCAAUCGAGCCUUCUAGACCCGUGGCAUCUAUAUCUACAAUAAAAUGUCCAACGAGUGACACGAGUUUUAAAAAAAAGCCCAUGUCGUUUCAGUGCCAACACCAAUCAAGUCCCAGCCAUUCACCAUGAUGGUUCACAUAUUUCUCAGCUCAAUUUUACUUUCGUUGGCUUUUGCAUUGACGAGCGCCUCCGUCGAAUGGAGUCUCGUCCGUCCGGCCAUCGUCAACGACAAAGCCGUUUUGCCGUGCCCGGAAGAUUAUUCGCCGUGUUACUGCGGCGACUAUCCCUCGUUCGGGCUGUACGUCGUCUGCGAACUGGUCUCCAUCGACGCCAUCGUGUCCGUGUUCAACCGCACCACCGACAACGACAUUUUCUGGCUCCAGCUCAGACCGCUGCCCGACUUGGAGAAAAGAGGAGUCACGCUUCCGGCCGAUCUGCUGAGUGGCAAACGGGCCAGAGCCAUCGACCUCUACUGUCCCAGUGUCGUCACCGGAAAUUUGUACAGCCUGACCAUCGAUCCGGACGCUCUGACAUCUUCCGAGGACCUGAUAGAAUAUUUUUACAUCCUCGGAUGCGAUUUGGGCCAUCAAGCGGAUUUCAGCUUUCUGAAUGGAUUCAACAAGUUGAUGAACUUGUACAUGUACGGGUCGACCAACAUCCAGGCGUUUCAAAACCUUCCCAUCUUGCCCAGCAUGGGAACGUUGAGCAUCAAUCAGUGCACAGGGCUGGACUCGAUCGAAUUCCCAGCUCAAUCACUUCCCAAACUGCAGCAGGUCUACAUGACGGACAAUCAGAUCGACGACCAAACGGCCGGAAGGAUAUUGACGUCGAUCGUUUCGUCCAGUUCGGUCGACACGGUCGUUGUCCUUUCCCUAGCCUACAACCUCCUAACCGAAAUUCCUGCUCAGAUUCUCUCGUUCACCAAGUUGAACGAUUUGAGUUUAUCUGGCAAUAUCAUCCCGUUUGUUUCCUCCACCUCCCUGGCCCUGCCAGCGACUAGGAUGGAGAGAUUAGCCAUGGCAAACGUUUCAUUAAACGUCAUCGAACCAGGAGCCUUGAGAGCAAAUAUUGUCCUGGCCGACCUGACGAGGAACAAUCUGACGCAAUUCGAGUCGGCCGUCUUUCAAACUAUGCUACAGGGGAUGAUAAUAUUGAAUGGCAGUCUGUCUAUCGAUUCGAAUCCUUUUGAAUGCGACUGCAGUUUGGCUUGGCUGAUCCGAGACAACCGGAACUUGUUGCCCGUCGUCCACGGAGCCCAGUGUUCCAACUCGACCCGUUUCGAGCAGCUGGAUCCUGGCGGAUUUAGCGAAUGUGUCGUCCCACUGCUGCACUAAGUCCUGUCGACAGCAGCCCGGAAAUGUAUUAAAAAGGACCUAUAACCAAAUGCAAACUCGAUUCAGUUAUUCCUUAUUGGGUUUGUGUGAUUAUACCAGCGAUCUUGUUUUUAACUUGAUGUACCUGAUCGUCGAUACGAUGAUGACUUAAUGGACAAAAAUAUAAUCUUUUGCGUAUUAAAAAGCAAUCGUAACAAAGUCCAGCACAGGCAAUCUUUGGUGUUACGCAAAUAGAC